AGUUCAAUUUGACAACAAAUGUCCCAGCUAAUGCAAAGGUCUCUGCCUGGAAUCACUGAUUUAUGUCCAUGAUAGCGGCCCACUCUCCACUAUGUUGCUAUGUAGAGAGCCAUCAUCUCAGUUUGUUCGGGGACGGAUAUCUCAAGCCACCCAUUAGGAAACACUUUGCUAAAUCCAUGGCAAUAAAAAGGGACAUAAAAGAGCAAUUCAUUCUCAUUAACAUUUAAGAAAACGUCCUUAAUCAGUGACAAUGGCUUAGAUUCCCACACAUAUCCCUAAAUGACCAGGUGGACAUCCGUAGUUGAAGCGCAUGGUGGUGACCAGAGAUAGGAAGAUGUGUGAUGUCACAUUAGACUCUGUAUAAAAAGGGUUGAUCUGGAUCAGGUUUUCCGAAAAGAAACAACAUGAGAUCUGUACUCCUGCUUGCGUUGCUGCUGUGCACUGUGUAUGUGGCGCAUGUUCAGGCGCAGGACAACAAAAACACACUGAGGCUGUGUGGCCGGGCGUUAAUGCGGGCAGUGGUGUACACCUGCGGAGGAUCCAGGUGGAGAAGAGUGACGGGGGGAGAGGAGACUUUGCAAGACGGUAUUGGUUUAUGUCUGUUUGCAGGUCGCAGAGAGCCAGAACUGAAGAGGACAGAUAAUGACCGUCAGUGGCGGGACCUAAACCAGGCGCUAAUAACAGUGUGCUGCCAAGUAGGCUGUCGAAAGAGUGACCUCUCCAUGCUCUGCUAGAGGACAACAUCCCAAAAAUCA